AUGAAGCUCCGCAACGCAGCUCUCUUCGCGUGUCUCGCCUCUACCAUCACAGGCCUUGCAUUGAGCCAUGGCCAUAGCCGCUAUACCGUCUCGAUUAAAGACUUUACAACCUCAACUUACAACGGCCAGAUAAUCGUCUAUGGCUCGACCAAUGAUGGCAAGGCGUACGGAUCUAUGGGUAUGGCGUUCCACGACUGGCCAGACAUGGCCAAGGCUCGUCAAAUCAAGAUGAACAGUGCCACCGUUGCACCCACUCUGUUUUUCUUCAAGCCGAAGAACAUCUGGAUCCUCGCCCAUCAAUGGGGCCCGGGAUCCUUUUCUUACAGAACUUCAAACAACCCUACUGAUCCAAACGGAGACAAUGGCAAAAUCUACCGUGCAAGCAUGCCAAUCGACAAAUUCCCGGGUGAUUUUGGAACGCAGUAUACGACCGUGCUGAGCGAUACGAAGGGCAAUUUGUUCGAGGCGGUCCAAGUGUACACUGUAGCAGGGCAGAAGCAAUACCUGAUGAUCGUGGAAGCUAUGGGGGCGAAUGGCAGGUAUUUCCGCUCAUUCACCGCAAGCAGCUUGGACGGUGCGUGGACGGUGCAGGCUGGAACAGAGACCGCGCCUUUUGCGGGCAAAGCCAAUAGUGGUGCAACUUGGACAAACGAUAUCUCUCAUGGAGAUCUUGUCAAGGUCUCGAAUGACCAGACAAUGACCGUUGAUCCGUGCCAUCUUCAAUUCCUGUAUCAAGGCAGGGAUCCUAAGGUUAAUCCGUCUGACUACGGUCUCCUUCCCUACAGACCUGGUCUCCUCACGCUGGUCUGA